AUCAUGUUUUCAUUCCAGCGGAGGCAUACCUGAACGGCAAAAAGAGGACACUGCACAUACAGAUCAACAGGGCGGUUUUUGCAGAGCACGUCGAGGAUCUGUCCACAAAGAGAUCACAUUGAUGUUGUUGUUAGCCAAGCAGCUAGCACAAGCUGUCAUUUGUUAGCUAACUAGCUAACGGAGGACCCUGUUAGCUCACCGCCACCAUCGUCGCUCCUAGCCAGCUGUGCAUCGCCCUGUCCUCCUACGAUGGGAAACGCAGCCACUGCCAAGAAAGGCAACGAGCAGGAAAGCGUAAAAGAGUUCUUAGCUAAAGCCAAAGAAGAUUUUUUAAGAAAAUGGGAGUGUCCACCACAGAGCACAACUGGCCUGGAUGACUUUGAUAGGUUCAAGACGCUGGGCACUGGCUCAUUCGGGCGAGUUAUGCUGGUCAAACAUAAAGAAACAAAUCAGUUCUACGCCAUGAAGAUCUUGGAUAAACAAAAAGUGGUGAAGUUGAAGCAGAUAGAACACACACUAAAUGAGAAGAGGAUACUACAGGCCGUCUCUUUCCCGUUCCUCGUCAGAUUGGAGUACUCUUUCAAGGAUAACUCAAACCUCUACAUGGUGAUGGAAUAUGUCCCCGGUGGAGAGAUGUUCUCACACCUCAGACGUAUUGGAAGGUUCAGUGAAAACCAUGCAAGAUUUUAUGCAGCUCAGAUAGUACUCACCUUUGAGUACCUUCACUCCUUAGACCUCAUCUACAGAGACCUGAAGCCUGAAAACCUGCUCAUAGAUCAACAUGGGUAUAUCCAGGUCACAGACUUUGGCUUUGCCAAAAGAGUAAAAGGCAGGACCUGGACAUUGUGUGGAACUCCUGAGUACCUGGCUCCAGAGAUCAUCCUCAGCAAGGGCUACAACAAAGCUGUGGACUGGUGGGCUCUAGGAGUUCUCAUCUAUGAAAUGGCUGCUGGUUACCCUCCCUUUUUUGCUGAUCAGCCGAUCCAGAUCUACGAAAAGAUUGUGUCCGGCAAGGUACGAUUUCCCUCUCACUUUAGCUCCGACCUGAAGGAUCUGCUGAGAAACCUGCUCCAGGUCGACCUGACAAAGAGAUAUGGCAACCUGAAGAACGGUGUGAAUGACAUAAAAAAUCACAAGUGGUUCUCCCAAACGGACUGGAUUGCCAUCUAUGAGCGAAAGGUUGAAGCUCCCUUCCUGCCAAAGUGCAGAGGUCCAGGAGACACAAGCAACUUUGACGAUUACGAAGAGGAGGACAUUCGUGUGUCACAAACAGAAAAGUGUGCAAAAGAGUUUGCUGAGUUCUAGUAAAUGGGCAAGUGUCCCGUCAGGGAUCAUACUUUUUGGGAUAUUUGCACUCUCCUGAGGGUUACGGUGGAACUGAGGCCAUCCCGUGUUCAAAACAAAUGCCUCGUUCCUUCAUCCCACACAGCCGAAUGAGGUCCUUCUUGCCAUGAUCCUGCGUGCAGUUAGCACUAUCCUAUACACAGGCACAUUAUGCAGACAACCCUUGUGCUGCAACACAAAAAAUACUAGACCACGUUCUCAUCUUUUGUCUUUUUUCUUCUGUUCUUCUGUUUUUUUGUUUGCCGCUCCCUCCUCCUUAUUUCAGUUCAAAUAAUUAUUUGAAAAGCAACAUGAAAACUAAUCUUGUGCCCAUUUUUAAAUGGCACAAAGAGUGAUUGAUUGUAUUAGCUGGUAUUGCACAUAUUGUGAUUUAAGCUCCGGGAAAAUUGAAGGGAUUAUUUUGGUUUGCAUUUCUGACAUUGAGUCUUGCCAGUUAUAUGUAGUCUGUUACUUGCCUGAGUGUGUUUUAGGGUUCAGUUUAUUAUUACUCAAUCAUGAACACUUCAACAGUAACCAUUAUUCAUCAUUCUUGUGUCCUUAAGACCUAGAACCGUGUAUUUGUGCAUAUAGAAUUAUACACAUGUAGAAGACAUACGAUUUUCAAACAUUUUGCGUUAUUAAGCAUGACCAAAUUUCAAACAAAGAAACUGGUGCUUUGUGAAAGAAUAGCAACACUGAUGACAUUUCUUUUUUGAAGUUUCUGAAUUUUAGCACCCACACAUUCAGUUCUUGAAGAGAUGAAUUAAUAGUGACAAGGGUUAUUAUGAAGCAGAAACUUGUCAAUGCUGUAUUAGCUCAAUUGUAGCAUUGUUUUAUCCAUAUCUGGUCACAUCUCAGGCUGGGUGUGGUAUUAAAUGAAAGGAAUGAGAUGAUAUAUUUUUCAGGUACAACUCUUGUUUCACAAGGAAGGAAAACUGAAGGUGUUCACUCCACAGAACGGGGUCAUCUGUGUUUGGUACGUCCAUUGAAUGAAGUUUAUUGACAUGGCAUAAUUGCUGAAAGAUCACUUUGUUAGAUUUUCUUGAGAGUAAGUUGCUGUGGAUGCAAAGCAGUAUGUUGGUCACAUGGACAUAUUUUGUCCAUUCUGGGUUUCUUUCCCAUUUUGUUUGUAAAUUGUGCUUACACAGUGCUCUGAUGAGGACAUUGUGCGACUGCCAUAUUUGUUUUAUUUUCAAUUUUACUUUUGCAUGUUUGUUACAUUUGUACAGCGGUGUCACAACAAGCUAAUAGUGCCCUGAAAGUGUUCCCAUAUAUUUUUUUUGUUGUGUUUUGUUACCUUUUAAAUUGUUUCAUAGCCUGGGACGUUGAUGCAUUCGAUAGGCAAUUUUUACCUGAGUGACAUAUUCCUCUAAAUAAUCCCAUGAAAGCAAAACUAAACCAUUAACCAUGAAAUAAUAACUGAAAUAUCAUAACCUUGAAGUAUUCAUAUUGGUCACCACUUGGUUGAAACAUACUUACCUCAACUAUAGCUUGUAGUCUCUUUGCAUCAUUUAACCAAUUUAUACACUGUGAUGAAGCAAUAUUUGCUCACUCUUCCUCGCAAAAUUGCUCAGGCUGAGUCAGGUCAGUUAGAGAACGUUAACAAGACAAAAAUGGUUUGUCUUGUUACAGAUUUUCAAAGGGAAUAAGGUCAAAAGAGUGACUUUUGAAGAACAUGUUCAUUGUAAAUCACUCCUGAUAAGUUAUUGUCUACAAAUAUUUAAUACAUAUGUUCUCCCCUCAAGAUAAAUAUAAGUUUUAUGAGGGAUUUUUCUAUUAAGAGCACCACUCAUUUCCCCUGAAUUCGGACAAAUUGCCUGUUCUUGCUGCUGAAAUGUAGUCCCUGCCUCUGGCAUGACUGGUUGACGUGUAUUUAACAGGUGAUCAUAGAAUCUAUAUGUCAAAGGUUCAAUACCUACAAGGCCAAGGUGUCCACUUAUUGAACUUCCAGAUGUCAGAAAAGUCCUGAUUGCUCCUGAUUCUGUGAUCUUUUGAUUUUCUAGAGGGAAGUUUGUCCCUGCCGUCCACAGGGACGUCAGAGUUUGAGGUAAUUUCUGCAGGUCGGGCAUUCAGGGUUGUGGGGAAAUCAAAGUUUUUACAUUUCACAUCUUGUUGGAAACAAUAAUGCAUUGUUGACAGUCUUUGAAAUUGAUAAGUCUUCUGAAGUUUGGAUCAGUAUUUGACAUGGUGCUCAAGUGUCUGUGGAUGAGAAAAAUGCAAUUUAAUCAAGUUAAACAAUCUUAGACAACCAAAUGUGAAAAAGGUUUGGUGACUGAAUGCUUUUUUUAAGAUACUGAUGUGCUGUAUAUUGAUAUUGGUUAUGCCUGAAUCCAAACUUUUGUUUUCAUAAAUUGAACACAUGAUGUGACAUUUGAUUUAGCCCCGGUUUAAGUUCAGAAAGCGCAACUGUUUCGUAUGCUAUUUCUAUUUAUAUUAGAGAUGUCUAAUGAAAUUACAUUUUAAAUGUUUUGACUUGCAUAGUUCUCAUUAUGCAGGAGACUCCAACUGUUUUAUUCACAAAAGUGUAAUUUACAGUGAAUAUAGUGGGCUAUUUAUUUGUACCACUUUUUCAUUUGCCCUUAUUAAGAAUAAAACAUUUAUAGAAAUUAACAUAUUUUCAACAGUUAAUACACAUUUAUGCCUCUCAUGCCAUUUUAAAUUGUAUCCUUUUAGGUUAAAUGAUUUUAUUAUUUUUCUUAAGCUAUUUGUUGUAUUUUAUUACUUUGGAUAUACACCUUUUUUAAAGGAGAUCCAACAUAAUUUUACCAGUUUGAAGGGUGAACAGAAUGUAAUUGCAAGACCAAUGACAUUUUUAUUUGGACAAACUUUGAAAAAACUACCCAUGGGAAUUCAGCAUGUUUCAAUCCAAACUGCCUGUGUGUAAAUCAUCCCAUAAAAAUGUGUAGAAAAGCCACAGCUCUUAUGUGUUAUUUAUCCCCCAUAUCUGUAUAAUAUUUGUCAUAUUUGAUGUAAAUGAUGGCACUUCACACUCCUGACUGAAGGAAAUCCGUUUAGUUUAUGAGCUAGUCACACAUGCCAGUAUAGAAUCAAAAAUCAGAAAUGUGUCUGUUUUUAAUUUGUUGGAUAUUUUUCACAUAAUUAAGAAGGCUGACACGUUUUGUUUUUUUCCCCACCCAUAUUUACUUGUGUUUGCAAGGAGAAUAUACUUUGCUGUAGCAAAUUUUAUGUAACAAAGGAUAUG